AUGAGCGCCCUGCCACCACGCGGCCUUGCCGCCGUCCUCGCCAAGUCUGCCUCCGACGUGGUCAUCCUCUCGUCAGUGCGCACGCCAAUCUGCCGCUCCUACAAGGGCCAGCUCAAGGAUGCCUAUCCGGAGGAGCUUCUCGCUACCGUCCUGCGCGCCCUGCGCGAACGCCAUCCGGAUGUCCCAGUGGAGGACGUCGGCGUCGGCGUCGUGCUCUCCGAGCUGGGCGGAUCCAAGGCCGCACGGAUGGCACUCAACCACGUCGGCUACCCGAAUGAGACGUGCCUCUACACAGUCAACCGCGCGUGUUCGUCGUCAUUGCAAGCCAUCGCGUCGGUGUCCGCGCAGAUUCGGACGGGCUUGAUCAGCGUCGGCAUCGGCGCGGGCAUGGAAAGCAUGACGAGAAACUACGGCAGCAGGGCCGUGCCGGUGGACGUGUGGCCGGAGCUCAAGGAAUCGCCCGUCAAGGACGCGAGGGACUGCAUCAUGCCCAUGGGCCUCACGUCUGAGAACGUGGCCUCGCGCUUCAACGUCUCGCGCGCCGACCAAGACGCUUUUGCCGCGCAGUCUCACGUCCGCGCCUCGGCAGCCCGCGCCGCUGGGCGGUUCGACGACGAGAUUGUACCCGUGACGACGCGCUUCCAGGAGGUCGACAAGCAGGGCAACGCCGUGGGCGAGGAGCAGACCAUUACCGUCACCCGCGACGACGGCAUCCGCGACACUGUCUCGGCAGAGGCCCUCGCCAAGCUGAAGCCCGCGUUCAAGCCCGACGGUGCCUCCACGGCCGGAAACUCCAGCCAGGUAUCCGACGGCGCGGCAGCGACGCUACUGAUGCGCCGCAGCACCGCCACGCAGCUCGGGCUGCAGGACCGCAUCAUCGGCCGCUUCGUCUCCGCCGUGACCGUGGGCUGCGCCCCCGACGAGAUGGGCAUCGGACCGGCACUGGCGAUCCCACGCCUCCUCGCGCAGCACGACCUGUCCAUCGAGGAUAUCCAGAGAUGGGAGAUUAACGAGGCGUUUGCCAGCCAAGCGAUCCACUGCCUGCGCGCGUUGAACCUCGAGAAGGCGUGGGAGCAGGGUCGUGUAAACCCAGACGGCGGAGCGAUUGCGCUGGGUCACCCGCUCGGAGCUACUGGAGCGAGGAUGACGAGCACGCUUAUGCAUGGCCUGCGGAGAGACGGAGGCGACCUUGGAGUGGUGAGCAUGUGUGUGGGAACGGGCAUGGGAAUGGCAGGUCUCUUCGCCCGUGAGUAA